AUGGAUGACGUUUUUCGGAAUGGUCAAUUGCAUAUAGACCGCGGCGUCUCCGAGAACUCAUUGCUACUUAAACAAGCUCCCGUCCCGAAUAUGGGCUCACAGACAAUGUCGACGCCCUCUCCUCGCCAGUCUAGAGAGAUCCCUCUCAACAACGACAUGAAACACGAUGAAAACAGCCUUGUCGAUUAUGUUCCCAACAAGGAUACUAUUCUCAGUGGAAUGCGCCUCGCUGUAGUCUUUGGUGCUAUGCUGCUGGCUCUUUUUCUAAUCGCACUAGACCAAACUAUUUUAUCAACCGCGCUACCUCGCAUUGCCUCGGAUUUCAGUGCAUUCAACCUCCAAGGAUGGGUUGCAACCUCGUUCAUCUUGACCCAGACCGUCUUCCUCCUCUUCUAUGGACAGCUACUGCGCAUUUUCUCCGCGAAGUGGACACUCAUUGCAGCCAUAACAAUAUUCGAGGCUGGAAGCAUUGUCUGCGGCGCUGCCAGCAAUGUCAACCAACUCAUUGCCGGAAGGGCGGUUUCGGGUGUCGGCGCUGCUGGAAUUUACGUCUCUAUGAUCCAGAUACUAGCUCAAGCAACCCGACUCGAAGACCGGCCUCGUCUUUUGGGAUUGUUUGGCGUUAUUUUUGGCCUUUCCAGUGUUAUCGGACCAUUAAUUGGCAGUGCCUUCACGGAUCACGUUACAUGGAGGUGGUGUUUCUUCAUCAAUAUUCCUCUGGGCGGCCUCUCGAUUGUUGUUGUGGCCGUGUUCCUCAAAGCAUCGCCACCGCUUGGUUCGAGUGAUACUGACCGCACAUGGCGCACUCUCCGGCAUCAAGUCUUUCGACUUGACUAUGUUGGGGCAACGCUAGUUUCCGGUGCAUUGACCUGCUUGUUGAUAGCCUUGCAAUGGGGCGGCAACACGAAACCGUGGGACGACAAAAGUGUCAUCAUCUGCUUCGUUUUGGGGGGUGUUUUGGCGAUUGCAACGGGGGCUUGGGAGAUUUGGAUUGGCGUCGAACGCGCUAUGGUCCCAACCACCAUUUUCAAGUCUCUCUCAAUCUACGCCAUCAUAGCCUACUGCUUCCUCUUGCGAUUCACCCAACUCAUCGUCCUAUAUUAUAUCCCGAUCUACUACCAGGCUGUCCGCCACCACACGCCGACCCACUCCGGCAUUGACCUGCUCCCCUUCAUGUUUGGGACCGUUCUCACGCUCAUCAUUGCAGGCCAAAUCGUCGGACGCUUCGGCCGCUACCGCUUUCUCUUGCUCAUCUCUCCGGUUUUCCUCGCCGUUGGCAUGGGGUUGCUCUACACCAUCGAUGUCUCAACCUCCAGCGCCAACAUCAUCGGAUUCCAGAUCAUCGCUGGUAUCGGCACGGGUAUGGCCUUGCAAAACUCGCUUCUUGCGAUGCAGGUCGAGUUCAGGGACAACAAGGCAGCCAAGUUUGUCGGGCAGGCGACGUCCGUGGCGACAUUUGGCCAGUUCCUUGGCUCGACUCUGGGACUGGGUAUUGCCGAGCCGGUGUUUGCAACACGACUGGCGAAGAACUUGCGCAAAUACGCGCCAGACGCUCCUGUGUUUAUUGUCAAGCAAAGUCCCACCGCGAUUUACACCGCUAUUCCACCAGAGAUGAUUGCUGGCGUCGUAAAGAGUUAUGCGAAGGCGCUGCAAACCGUCUUUCUAAUCGGGGUACCCAUUGCUGGCUUGGGGUUGUUUGCUGCGCUGCUCAUCAACGACCUCAAGAUUGUCAAAACCGCCCCACGGGUUCCGCCAGAAGCGGAAAAACGCCGGCAGGAGCCUGCAUAG